AGAGUUCAGUUUCAGACAUUUGGAUUUGACAUUUCUGUAUACUUCGGUUGUACUGUUGUAGUGCUUGUACUACAUUGGUAUAGUGUCAUACGUAUUAUUAUUGUUAUUCACUAAAUUAUUGUCAGUUACUAAUGCACAGUGCACAUUAUUUAGUUGAAAAUUGUGAAAUGGUUAGUCGCAAAACGUGGUCUAUCAUUAAUAGUACCUACCUAUCAAUUUUAAUAUCGUGAUUCGUGAUAGAUUUAAAAUAUAAUUUAAACGGUUUGCCUUCAUCAUUCUUAGGAUUAAUUUGAAUUAUUAGUGCGAUGAGAAGACUAGUCGACUAUGACAAUAUUCAUAUUAGUUAUUAUUUAAUACAGUAUUUUUUUUUUAACGUGUAGAUACUUAACUAAUGAAUAUGGAACAAACUAUUCAGCUAACCAAGAAACAGAUUACAAUCGAUGCGUUACCUAGGAGGAUUGGCAGGAUUAGGUGCUGUAGUGUUGUUUUUUAUAUUCUACUUGUCACACCAUGUUCUCAACGACAACAGUAUUCCCGACCCAGAAUUCCCGAUUCCGCCGUCGAGUAUGCCGAUGGGCUUGUACGGAAAGAUCGGUGUUGUAUCCAACGGCGGACCGUGCGCACAAAUCGGAGUGGAUGUUAUGUCGAAAGGCGGAAAUGCUGUAGAUGCAGCAAUAGCUACAAUGUUGUGUGACGGUGUACUGUGUCCUGAAUACAUGGGUAUUGGUGGAGGAUUUAUGAUGAGUAUCUACAAUGCGACAACCAAAAAAGUGAUGACGAUCGAUGCACGUGAAACAGCUCCUGCUGCAGCAACUACAUCUAUGUUUGUAGAAGAUCCUCUGAAAUCUAUAUACGGUGGAAUGGCGGUUGCAGUUCCAGGAGAACUCAAAGGUUAUUCGACAAUUUAUAAUUUAUAUGGUGGUGGGGUCGUUUCAUGGAAAUCGUUAUUUGAACCAGCUAUAAAAUUAUGUGAAGAAGGAAUGACAAUCAGUGAACGUCUAGCAAAAAACUUGCAUAAUCAUGAAGACUUGAUAAAAAAUGAUUUGCUACUCAGAGAAGCUUUUUUUGAUGAAAAUACAGGACACGUAAAAACAGUUGGAGAACAAUAUAAACUUCCAAAGUUAGCAGAAACAAUGAAAAUUAUAGCAGAAGAAGGUAUAAAUGCCAUAUAUAAUGGUUCAUUAACAUCCAUAUUAUUGGAAGAUUUAAAAGAAGUGAAUGGAAUAAUCACAAAAGAAGAUUUAGCUAAUUACACAGUUAAUGUCAAAGAAUCUUUUCCUGUAAACUUAACAAGUGGACAUACAAUACAUGUAGGUCCACCACCUAACUCUGGCAUCAUAUUGGCAUUUAUACUCAGAAUAUUGGAUGGGAUACUACCAGCACCUGAUGCUCGAUUAGACGCACAUCGAUUUGUGGAAGCUUUCAAAUUUGGGUAUGGGGAAAGAACUCAUUUAGGAGAUCAUAAAUUUGUUAAUGUGUCUCAAAUUUACAAUAAAGUAAAAUCAGAUAGUUACAUCAAAAGUAUUCAAAGUAAAAUAUUUGAUAAUUUCACUUCGUCAGAUCCAAGAUAUUAUGGAGCUGAUUAUGACAUGCCAGAAAAUCAUGGUACUGCUAAUAUGGUGGUAACAGAUUCAGCAGGCAAUACUGUUGUAGCUACAAGUACAUUGAACACUUACUUUGGUUGUGGUUUUAUGUCUCCUAGUACCGGUAUACUUUUAAAUAAUCAAAUGGAUGAUUUUUCUACUCCUGGAGUCACUAACUAUUAUGGUAUUCCAUCCUCACCUGCCAAUUUUAUAGAACCUGGCAAGCGACCAUUGUCUUCUAUGUGUCCAACUAUAUUUACUGAUAAAAACGGUGACUUUGUUCUGGGAGCGGGAGCUGCAGGAGGAUCGAAAAUCACUAUUUCUACAGCUUAUGUGUCUGCUUACAAGUUGUGGUAUAAUAAAACAUUAAAAGAAGUGAUAGACAAACCUAGAAUUUACCAUCAACUUGUACCUAUGGAAGUUCAGUAUGAAUAUGGAACGACUAAGGAUGUAGUGCAGAAACUUAUGGAUAUUGGCCAUCCAGUAGUUAGACUAGAGUAUGGAGCAUCGGCGGUUACAGCUAUUGCUAAAACUUCUUCAGGAAUGUUAGAAGUGAUGCCAGAUUUCAGGCGGCCAGGAAAUUCAUCCGGAUAUUAAUACAAUUUUAUGUUUUAUAAUGAUUGUAUUUUAAUAACUAUUUUUUUGUACAUAGUACCUUGUAUGUUCCUAAAAUAUUAGCUUUUUUAAAAUAUGCUGUGUGAUUAAAAAUAUUUAUUGAUGUAUUUUUACUGUGCAAUUAAGAUUAAAUGUAAGUUCCACAAUUUAUUAUUGUUUAUUGUUUAUGAAAUAUUUAUACAUACAGUAGUGUACAAUUUUUAUGUUUGUAUAUAUUAUUUGAAUAAGGACAAUAAAUACAUCAAAUAAAGA